AUGAAAUAUUAUGAAAAUUUAAACAAACUCAAUACUCCUACCAAACCGAGUAACACAACAGCUAGUCUCAAACUAGAAGAAUUAGAUUUUAAGCCAUGGUGUAACAUUACUACUAAGGAAGCAGUGUCUGCCAUACAUCGUGCCAAAACUCAAUUUUGCAAGAAAGAAUUAGUUGAUGUAAUAUGUUCCCUUCAAAAAGAAACCCUCUUUCCUAAAAAAUUAGUUUCUUUUUGUCCAGCCCCAGGAGUUCAAAGGGGGAAGUCAUUAGGCUGUUAUCAAGAUAAUAAAUCAAUGAGACUUUUAUCUGGAUACUUUGCUAAUUUAGAGCAAAUGAAUUCACCAGAAAAUUGUAUUAAUUUGUGCCUUCAAUCAGGAUUUCCAUAUGCUGGUGUUGAAUUUUGGACUGAAUGUUUUUGCGGAGUUGAUGAGCCUUCAUCAAAAGCUAGAUUACCUGAUUCCUCUUGUAAUAUGAAAUGUCCAACGGAUCCAAAAUUAGCUUGUGGUGGUUAUCUCACAAUGAAUAUAUACGAAACAGGAAUAAAAAAAUUUAUACCUCAAGUGCCAAGUACUGAAGUUACUACAACUGAACCUCGCGUUCGAAUAACCUUUCUUCUAACCUUUAGCGGUCGCGCUCUUCGACAAAUCAAAAGAUUAAUUAAAUCUUUAUUUCAUAAAGAUCAUUAUUUUUUAAUUCACGUCGACGCGACUCAAGAUUAUUUGUUUCGGGAAAAAAAUGAAAACCUCGUGAAUUUUUUGACGGCUAACAAAGGUAAAAAUUUUGUCAAAUCAACCGGGAGAGAAAUUCAAAGAUUUAUACAAAAGCAAGGACUGGAUAAAACAUUUGUCCAGUGUGAUGGACACAUGUGGAGAAUAGGAGAUAGAAAAUUACCUUUAGGAAUUCAAAUGGAUGGAGGAAGUGAUUGGAUGGCAUUAUCUAGAUCUUUUGUAGAAUAUGUCGCUGGAGAAAAUCGUGAUGAAUUGUUACGGGGUUUAGACAGAGUUUACCAAUAUACUCUUUUACCAGCUGAAUCUUAUUUCCACACCGUUCUUCGUAAUUCCAAAUUCUGUGAUACAUACGUAGAUAAUAAUCUGCACUUGACCAAUUGGAAACGUCAUUUGGGAUGCAAAUGUCAAUAUAGACACAUCGUUGAUUGGUGUGGGUGCAGUCCAAAUGAUUUUAAACCUGAGGAUUGGCAAAAAAUAUCGGUUACUAGUUCGAAUCAUUUGUACUUUGCUAGAAAAUUUGAAGCAAUAAUAAAUCAAGCAAUAAUUAAUAAAUUAGAAGAAUGGGUUUACGGACCAUCAAUUGAAUUAACAAAAAUGUUGGGAUACUGGCAAAGCAUGUAUCAUUUCGCUGAUUUAACCCCUGCUCGGGAUGAUAGCGUUCUUUCUCUUCUAAGUAGUUUAGGAAGAAAUGUAAUAAAACAAAAUAAUAUGAAAAUUUCAAUUAAGGACGUGAUAGAAAUAACUUCUUAUCAUCACGAUGAUAUUUUCCAGGGUUUACUAAUGAGAUACAGUGCCUACGAAAACGAAACUAAAAAAGAAAUGGAAUUUGAAACUUGGCUCAAAAUAAAAUCACAUUUCGAACUGAUAGAUAAAAAAAAUGGUCAAUUCAUACAGGAUGUAAAAGUAGCAUCCGAUUUUGAUUUGAAAGAAUCCGUUUCACGUAAUCUUAUUGGAAACCUUGGCCUUUUCUCUGACGUCAUUGUCGUGUAUACGGUGACCGUUGAAAAAAAUUAUAAUUUGACAUUCCUAAUUGUUGAUCCUGCCGGUCAAUUAGCUCAAGUUCUCGAUGCACGAAUCGAAGAAAAGACAUCGGUAUGUUUUUCAAAAGCUUCUAUUCCCACACCUUUGUUGCCCGGAAUAUGGCAAGUAAAGGUUUAUCACGAUGGAUUUCUUGUGGCUGAAACAGAGUUUCUAGUCAUUCCCAUGGAAUUUAUCGCAUCGACUCCCGUGACGUUGCAACAAGCGAGCUUGUUGCAUCGAGGAAGUAGCGAGUAUCGUAUAAGCGUAGAUAAAAUUCACUGGAGCAAAUCUCUGGAAAGUAACAAAUCCAAACAUUCCUUAGCAUUGGCCAACCAAAAAAGAAUCGGUACCGAUCUUAAGGAAUGGAUAGAUUCGCUUACCAAUAAAUUUUAUACUUUCGUCGAAACGUGUCAAGUUUUAGGCUCUGGAAAAUUAACAGGGUCAUACAAAAAUCUGGAGCCUUGCGAAGCAACAAUUUGGAGUAGUCUAUCUCCGGAUUUAAAAUCGAGAAUCUCAUUUUACGAUCCUAAAACUGGAAUAUUAAGUUGA